CCUUCCACCACCAUCACCACCACCACCUCUCUCUCUCUCUCAUCUUCUCCUCCUCUGUCUUCAACCCACAAAACCACCGGUGAAACUCACCGGAAAAUUGAGAAAAAAUGAGGAGAACCGCCGGCUCCGGUCAGCUUUUCCAAGCCCUCCUCGUCGCCUUCGUCUUCCUCGCCCUGUCCGCCCCCGCGCCGGCCGCGUCCUCCUCCUCCUCGGGCCUCGACUUCGCGGCCGCCGUCAUUCCAUACCCCGCCGGCGGCGAGUGCCGCGGCACGAUCGCCGAGUGCCUGGCCGCCGGGGGCGGCGGAGGGGAGUGGGAGUGGGGGGAGGAGCUGGCCAUGGACUCGGAGACCAACCGGCGCAUCCUGGCGGGGAGGCGCUACAUCAGCUACGGCGCGCUGCGGCGGAACGUGGUCCCCUGCUCCCGGCGCGGGGCGUCGUACUACAACUGCCGCCCCGGCGCGGCGGCGAAUCCGUACUCCCGGGCGUGCAGCAGGAUCACGCGCUGCAGGGGCUGAAGCGGAGCACAGAGGAGGCCAAACAGAGUUCGGUUUUUCUUUUCACUCGAAAAGUCUGAAUAUAUUUAUUUCCUUUUUUUUUAUAUGUAAGUUUGAGUAGGAAUUUAAUGUGGGGGUUUUUUUUUUGCCAAUUAUUGGAAUAAUGGAGCGUAUUUAUACGUAAAAUAGUAUAAUUGGGUUUUUCCAAUAUAAUCAGUAUUUUUUAUUUGUUCUGGUGUAAAACGAAGCGCAUGCACAUUGAUAAAUUUAUAUGUAAUUGUCGCGGACGCGGUGAUUUGAUCGAUCGAAAUGAGAGGAAAUUUCAUAUAUUUUUUCUAGUUA